AUGGAACAGAAUACUCUCAAGCGCCGACGAAUCGGCCUCACAGGCGUCGACAAGGAGCGAUCAUUUGGCGGCUAUACCUUGUUCUGCCCGUUAACUAGCGACAUUGCAUAUCUAAUUGAUAUUGAAGGCAACGAGGUUCAUUCUUGGAAGCUCCCCGGCAGAAUCGGGAGGCACGCUCGCAUCCUCCCCAACGGCAAUCUCGCGGUCAACACACUUCGCGCGCCACAGUCCGAGACUACAAAAGACGGGGGCCCUUUCCCAUUCCCUUUCUUCAACAAAUAUGGAGGCGGGGUCAUGAGCGAGCUCGACCCUGAUGGCAAUGUGGUUCGGCAAUUCACGGACCCUCUUGGCCACCACGACCAAUAUCAUUUUGGUGACGGUCGGCUCCUGUACACCGGCCUCGAACCCCUGUCCGUAGAGGACUCAGCGAAAGUUAUUGGGGGCGUUCCCGGCACCGAGAUUGACGGAAUCACGUACGCAGACACGAUCAACGAAGUCGAUGCGCAAGGCAAAUUGCUCUGGCAGUGGAAGGUCUCGGAGAGGCUUCCACGUGCUGAAUAUCCUCUCCAGUCUCACUACACACGGGAGCAUUAUCCCCUGAUCAACUCGGUGCUUCCAUUGCGGGAUGGGAAGCAUAUUCUAGCCUCAAUGAGAUCAGUCUCUGCCGUGGUCAUCAUCGAAAAGUCCACGGGCGACAUUGUCUGGAAAGUCGGCUCCGACGUGCUUGCUCAGCAACAUAACGCGACAGAAUUGGGGAAUGGGAAUAUCCUCAUCUUUGACAACGGCGCCUUCCGGGAUGGUGAGUCCGUCACAUACACCAGAGCUGUCGAGAUCUCGCGGUAUGGCAAGAAGAUCGUGUGGGAGUACCGCGACAAGUCGCAGAUGCACAACUUUUUCACACCUUUCAUGGGUAGCGCUCAGAGGUUGCCCAAUGAAAACACCCUCUUAUGCGAGAGCGCUUUUGGCAGGGUCUUUGAAGUGACGCCGGAAGGGUACGUCUGCUGGGAGUAUGUCAAUCCCCAUUUCGCGCCCUACCCGGACGAGGUAACCGCAAAGAUCUUCCCUGGGGAGUCCAACGCUCUGUUCCGAGCCUACCGAUAUUCUUUGGACGAGAUACCUUGGCUGAAGCAAAGACUUGGCGGUUCAUCUUGCACUGUGCAAUGA